CCGACCGGAAGACGUAUUUGUUAUCCAGGGAGCUAAACGAGGAUAAACUAGCUAAGCUUGCAAGUUGAUGUGUUAACUAAUAUAGAAAUAAAGGUGAGUAAAAGUGACUCUCUGUAAACAAUUAUACACAUGCAGGAAACAGUACCUCUAACGUUGACUACAUAUUGCUGUUACAAGAAUAAAUUCCACACUCUACGUACUAUACGUGUUAUAGCCAAGGGACGCUAGCAAGCAAGCUAACGUUAGCAGCAGGUCUGAGACGCAAACUCACGGUUUGCUUUAAAUUAUACAAUAAAAUCAAAUGUCUCGUUCAAAGUCCGCGAGAUAACAGAUCAGGUUUGUUGCAACUAAGCUGUAAAAUAUCUAAUCUGUGUUCGUAAACGUUACAUCUCAUAUGAAGUGAAUGUGUUUAGCCGCUAGCCACAGCGUUAACAUCGGUCCAUUGACUGGUUUGGUUCGUCAGGAGGAUGAGUAGCUCGGAGGAGGUGUCCUGGAUCUCCUGGUUCUGUGGACUCAGAGGGAAUGAGUUCUUCUGUGAGGUGGAUGAAGACUACAUACAGGACAAGUUCAACCUGACCGGUUUGAAUGAGCAGGUGCCUCACUAUCGGCAGGCUUUGGACAUGAUUCUGGACCUGGAGCCAGAUGAGGAGCUUGAAGAUAACCCCAAUCAGAGUGACUUGAUAGAGCAGGCAGCAGAGAUGCUCUACGGGCUCAUACAUGCACGUUACAUCCUCACAAACAGAGGCAUUGCACAGAUGUUGGAAAAGUAUCAACAAGGGGAUUUUGGCUAUUGCCCCAGAGUCUACUGCGAGAAUCAACCAAUGCUUCCUAUCGGUCUGUCAGACAUCCCCGGAGAAGCAAUGGUGAAGCUUUACUGCCCAAAGUGCAUGGAUGUUUACACCCCCAAAUCCUCCAGACACCACCACACUGAUGGAGCCUAUUUUGGGACCGGAUUCCCCCACAUGCUGUUCAUGGUGCACCCAGAGUAUCGUUCAAAGCGACCAGCCAACCAGUUUGUGCCACGGCUAUAUGGUUUCAAAAUUCACCCAAUGGCUUAUCAACUCCAACUUCAGGCUGCGUCAAGUUUCAAGAGCCCAGUCAAGACGAUUCGCUAGAACAACACGAUGGACUGAAAGACCUCGCUGUCUGCUUGUUGGAAGGAAUGGAUUAUAUAAUCCCAAUGAAUGCCUGUACAGUUUCCCAAACUCACCUAGACACUUUCAGAUUCAAACAUUUCCUCAUUUAUCGAAACACCGUACAGUUGAGCAGGUUAUUGUUUCUGUAUUAAACAUGUAACUGGUUCCAAAGGGUCAAUCUCCUCAUAAUGUUGAACUUUAAUUGAUGUCUAUCCGUCUUUGCACAUGUUAGGGUUGUUUCCUCCUCAACGUGGCUUCAACUCCUGCGGUGUGCUUUCGACAGGUUUGCCUUAUCAGUGAUAUGGUCAACCCAUGCUUUUGAAAGUUAACAUUAAAUCAUAUUCAUGUAGUAUUUUAUGCUGUAAAGAUUAAGGAUUCUAUUUGAAAACAGCAAUGAGUGUAACUGAUCAGGUGCUCGUUCCAAGAAACAAUGAAUAUCAAAUUAGAGGAAGAAAAUGGAACUAUGCUUGAUUUAAAUUUUAUUAUUCGGCUGUUCAGUUUCCUUAAAGUUCAGAGACUGUUUGUACUCGAUUGUUUAGGCAAAUGUAACAUGAUAGUAUAUUACAAUAGUUUCAUCUCAAGAGUUUGGUGUUGAUUGGACAUGCAGCAACAUCAACUGUGAAUGGCAUUAAAUAUUUAUUUCUUACCAAGA